AUGGUUUCUAGAUUCCUCACCAUCCUCCUCGUCUCUGUCGCACUCCAAUACGCUGCGGGUUUAUCUCCAGUGUCUCUUUUUGGAACGAGCAAGGCACAACGGGUGGACAUUGACUUUGCCUCCUCCAACGAAGACAGCACAGACACAUCAAAUGCCUGCGAAUCCCGUAGGAUCUUCCUGUCGGCAGCCGCCAUGCAAAUAUGCCUCCUAGGGGCAACUUCUCCAGCAAAAGCUGCUGCAGAUGGAGCAACAGUAUACAAGAGUGGCAAGGCUCCCAUUGUUCCAGGCCAGAAACCAAAAGACAAGAGUGAUGUCAAAGGAACCCGCAAGGACCCUGACUUCUUGCGAUCUAUCGCCGACUGCCGCAACCAAUGCCAGAGUUCCAACGGCCCUGAUGGUUUUGCCAAGGCCAAGGAAGACUGUCUCUCGGAAUGUCAGGAUAUUUGCUGCACGACAUACGAACAAUGCACCUUCAACAUUGUUCCAAGACUGUAA